AUGGCGGCGUCGUCGGCCGAAGCUCAACCUCGCUUUGGGCAGUCCGUCAAAGGAUUAUUAUCUGAUAAAGUGGGCUCUUGCAGCGUAGACGUGAUCGCGCUGACACGCCAGGUGCUUAAAGUUUCCCGCAGCCAAGAGCUUCUCGGUCAAGCAGCCAGAAAUAUGGUUAUUCAGGAGGACGCGAUCCUGCACUCGGAGGAUGUAAAGUCUCCGAAAAAUGUCCAUCAUAACGACACAUUUACAAUAUCAGCAGGAGGCCAUCCAAAAGAAUGUGGAGCAUUCUAGAAAUUUGCAAGAUCAACUUAUCCACCUGCUAAAGUAAACGUACAUCAAGUUGGUUUUCAUUGGAUAACACCAGCCGUGUGUUAUGUUUGCAACAACGUAUUCUCAUAUCCCAUUGUCAUCCACUUCCAAUAGUAUGUUGAUGUUUAAAUGAUGUUUACACGUCACGGCGUCCGCUAAGCGCUAGUCAAACAUUUACUGCAAAUGUUCUCGAUAAUCACUACCAUGAAAUAUUACAGAAGAGUGGGAACCAGAAAUGCGCUGUAAUUGCUUUAUGUAAUGGUCAAAUCCUGUAACAACGCUGAAAAGCAGCCAGCACUGAAGUUUCGAAUAGUCUUCAACAAAGUGAAAUGGGAAAUUAUUCAGGGAUGUUUUUUCGUUUUGGUUUUUAGUGAUGUCUUCAUUCGGUCCAUGGGAUACUAAUGAACAAUGAUGUUUUUUGUACUAAUUAAAACAUUGUUUUCACCCAUGAAGUAAAA